AUGACUCAAUCUAAUAAAGGUCCUUGUUCUAUUCUUAAUUGUAAAAAUCCAAAACCUUAUAGAAAAUUUACUGCAGUUUCAUAUACUAAAUCAGUUGAUGUUGGAACAUUUUCAUAUUUCAAUUAUUUAAAAGUCAAUGAAUCUCAACUUUGCAGUUUCCAUCAUUUACAAAUAUGUGAACCAAAAAAAGGGAAAAAACUUGAUUCUUUUGAAAAUCAAAAUAUGAAUGAGAACUUCCAAGAACAAAUCUAUAGUUAUACUAUUGAAGAUUUAUUAAAUGAUUCAAAUGAUCAAGAUAUGAUGCAAGUUGAUGUUUCAUUUAAUGAUAUUAAUGUAGAUAUUAAUAAUGAUUCAGUAACAAUGUCCACUAAUGAUUUUGCUUUGUUGUUAAAUAAAAUUCAUCAAAUGCAAAAAAAACAAAUUGAAAUUGAACAACUAAAUAAAAAAUUGUCUACUGAAGAAGAAACAAUAGAACAAGAAAUUGAAGUUGAUAGAUCAUUUCCCAUGCAAGUUGAGCGAAUGACCAAAAUUUUAUUUGCUCAACAAAGGCAACAAAAUGAAAAGGUUGAAUUAGAGCCCCAAAAAUUUCAAAACAUGCUAACAGAAAAGGAUCCUUUACUUCAAGGUUUAUACCUUGCAUCAUCUGGCACUAGCUCUAUUGCAAUAAACACCUUGGCAAAUGCAGGUAUAUGUGCCAAUUACAAAACAAUUGCCAGAUUUAAAAAGCAAAUAGCAAAAGAUCAUUUUGAUUAUAUAAAUGAAUAUUUCAAGACAAAU